UGAAUGCAGACUGAGCAGCUGAGGAUGGAGCAGAGAGGGAGAAGCGCCGCCGCUGUACUCUCACACCGCGGGCAGACACCUUUAAAACAGCCCUUCUACAUCUAAGGACCUUCCUUUAAUUCACACACAGACUCUCGGCUUCUUUUUUUCCAUUCAUUUCAACGCUGACAUCUCUUCCACUUCACCCCUCCGUCUGUCAACACACCGGCUGCCUGUCAGCGAGGGAAAAGCCAAAGACAGUCCCGUUGAAAAAUACUCAGAAAAACACAUUACCAUACAGGUUUGAGCCGGACCCACCUUCUGCCGGACUGUCACUGCUUCAAUCAAUAUGGAUGAAGACAAUCACGUUCCUGAGGAUCUGUCCCUGGAGGAGAGGGAUGAGCUGUCAAACAUCCGACGCAGGAAGAGAGAGCUGCUCGAUGAUAUUGAGAGGUUGAAGUUUGAGAUAGCUGAGGUCAUGACGGAGAUCGAACAGCUGACGUGUGUUGGAGAAAGUAAAACAUCCCAGAGAAAUAAGCAGAUUGCCAUGGGCAGGAAGAAAUUCAACAUGGAUCCAAAGAAGGGAAUCCAGUUCCUGCUGGAGAACGACCUCCUUCAGCACACCCCCGAAGACAUCGCGCAGUUCCUCUACAAAGGCGAGGGCCUCAACAAGACUGUCAUCGGAGACUACUUAGGCGAGAGGGAUGACUUCAACAUCAAGGUGCUUCAGGCUUUUGUGGAGCUGCACGAGUUUGCAGACCUCAACCUCGUCCAAGCACUACGGCAGUUCUUGUGGAGUUUCCGUUUGCCAGGUGAAGCUCAGAAGAUCGACCGUAUGAUGGAGGCCUUUGCCUCACGGUACUGCCAGUGCAACCCUGGAGUCUUCCAGUCAACAGAUACCUGCUACGUGCUGUCAUUCGCUAUCAUCAUGCUGAACACCAGCCUACAUAAUCCCAACGUCAGAGACAAGCCCCCUGUGGAGCGCUUUAUCUCCAUGAACAGAGGCAUCAAUGAAGGAGGAGAUCUGCCAGAGGAGCUUCUCAGGAACCUUUACGACAGCAUCAAAAAUGAGCCCUUCAAAAUCCCAGAGGAUGAUGGGAAUGAUCUGACGCAUACAUUCUUCAACCCCGACAGAGAAGGCUGGCUCUUGAAGCUCGGCGGCAGGGUGAAGACGUGGAAGAGACGGUGGUUCAUUCUGACCGACAACUGCCUCUAUUACUUUGAAUACACAACAGAUAAAGAGCCUCGUGGGAUUAUUCCUCUGGAGAACCUCAGUAUCAGAGAGGUGGAUGAGCCCAGGAAACCUAACUGCUUCGAGCUCUACAACCCCAACCACAAAGGUCAGGUGAUCAAGGCCUGCAAGACAGAGGCAGACGGGCGGGUUGUCGAGGGCAACCACGUAGUGUACAGGAUAUCGGCCCCCACGCCGGAGGAAAAGGAGGAGUGGAUCAAAUCCAUCAAAGCAAGCAUCAGCAGGGAUCCUUUCUACGACAUGCUGGCCACCAGGAAGCGGAGGAUAGCCAAUAAGAAAUGAUAACCGCCCACCAUCAGCCACACCUGCAUCACCAACAUGUCUGUGACCAGCAGAGUCCUUACAGGGGACAUGAAGGCCUCCCUUUUGUUCUUUCAGGGCUGGAGGACGAGCAGCAGACACAGGUGGAUCAAGUUAAUUUCCACCUGAAGAAUGUCUGCGCCUCAAUUCUUGGUUGAUGUGAAUGUGGUGGUUUUAUUUAAUUCCGGCGCUGACUUUGAACACUGAUGUGCCAUUUGGGUGAGACUUUAUGGAGAAGCUGGAUGAAAACAAAUGAAGAGAAGGAUGAGGACAACCGUUUUCUAGAGCAACAGCCAUGAGGAAUCUUUUGCCUAGCGUGGCUGUGAUGAGAUUGCCCUCUGCUGGACACACAGGGAAUUAAAUCUACUGUACUGCACUAACGCAGUUUGAGGAUUUGAAACCUGAACAUCCAUCCUUGUAAUAUGGUACCCAGACCAGCUCGCCUGGUUGAUUUUCUGCCAGCAGGACUCCCAGAUGGCAGUCAACAUUCAUCUAUAUUCACCUCACAUGACCUUCGACAACUGCCAACACCAACAAUGUUUUGUAGUAUCCUGAAACUACAGGAAGCCUCUCAAGCUUUUAAAUCAGCUGGUCUGAUUGUUAGCCCUCAAGUGACUGUAUCUGUAUAUGCAAACACACAGAUUUAUUCUAAUAGGAAGAAACUUAGGCUCAUAUACUUUUUCAUUUACAGUACGCUCCCGUAUUCCCUCUUUGAAGGCGAAGAAACUGAUGCAGGUUGAGGAAUAAUACUGAACAUAUCCUGAGUGUAAUGACCCUUUUACAUGGCCACAAUUAUAAACUGUCAUUUCAUGUAUUGAAGAUCCACCUCUGUGAUCAAGUUCAUUUCUUUUGUAUUUAUUUUCUUAAUUUGUUUAACAAAAGAGGCAGCCCCCAAUUUACAUUAUGCAUGUAUAGUAUAUAAUGUACAUACUGUUUUUUUUUUUUUUGUUUUGUGUUUAUGUAGCAUGUAAAUCAUAACGGCCGUAGCCUAUACCCGUUCACCUUUUUAGUUCAAGAGCUAACAGUUUACAAUAGUGGAAGAGGGACUCUGUGCAGCUCUUUGCAGAGCAGUGAAACCUCCUCACACUGUGUUAUUACUGAAGAUCAGAUAAUACAAGUUAUAUGAAAGAAAAACUCACUAUGCUGAGUUUGACAAGAGAGUAUAGGACACAAGUGGGUUGAAAAUACCCUUGAAUACCGUGUGAAUGCUGACUGGAAUCUGAGGACUGUUUUUCCCAAACAGAUCAAGCCAACCUGCAGCCUAAUCUUUCAUUACUGGAUGUUUGAGUUUAAACAUGGCUUGAUGUGAGUUUGGGAAAAAUGCCCCUGCAUACUUUGAUGAAGACUUUGAAUAAAAAUACAUGCUGAUCAGAAAAACAA